AUGAGUUCGCAAUUCCCUACAAAGCGCAUCGCCGUCCUCACAGGACACAAUGGCCCCGUCCACGCCGUCACCUACUCCUCCGGACUAGGCCAAUACAUUCUCACCGGCUCUUCCGACCGCCUCGUCCGCCUCUACAACCCCUCCACCUCCCCCUCACCUGGCCCCAUCCAAACCUACCACGCCCACGGCCACACCGUCCUCGACCUCUCCAUCUCCACCUCCAACGCCCGCUUCGCCUCCGUCGGCGGUGACCGCCUCGUCUUCCUCUGGGACGUCGCCUCCGCCACUACCCUCCGCCGCUUCGGCGGGCACGUCGGGCGGGUCAACGCCGUCGCGUUCGCCGGCGACGACGACACGGUGCUGGCGAGCGGUAGCUUCGACGGGACGGUGCGCCUGUGGGACUGCAAGAGUAAUAGUUCGCGGGCGCUGAUGACGCUGUCAGAGGCGCGGGAUGCGGUGGUGAGUGUCGCGGUGGUCGGGGCGGAUGUGUAUGCGGGAGGCGCGGACGGGCGGGUGCGGGUGUACGAUGUGCGGAUGGGGAUGCAGUGCACGGAUGUGGUGGGGGCGGCGGUGACGCAUGUGGAGCCGACGAAGUUGGGGGAGGCGUAUUUGGUAGGGAGCGCAGAUUCGCGGGUGCGGUUUAUGGAGCGGGGGUCGGGGAAGUGCUUGAUGAGUUAUAAGGCGGAGGAUUAUAAGAGUGAGGGGCUGCGGUUGCGGUGCGCGUUGGGUCCGGGGGAGAGAACGGUGGUUGCUGGGGGUGAGGAGGGGAAGAUUUGUGUAUGGGAUACGAUGGAGGGCACGCUGUUGCAUGUGCUGGAGCAUGAGGGACCGGAAUCAAAGGCGAGCAAGAAGAUUUUGAGCGAGACUGCGCAGAAAGAGAGGAAGGUGGUUAGCGCAGUGGCGGUUUGCAAGAGUCAGAGCAAGAAAGAGUGGUGCAGUGCCGGUGGGAAUGGCGAGGUUGUAGUUUGGGGCCUUGGGCGGUGA